AUGUGGAGCCCCACGGUGCUGCCGUCGCUGUCCGGAGGCGGCCGGGCGCUGCGCUUCGCCUACAAGCUGUUCGGCGACAACCGAGUCUACCUGCGGCUACUGAUGCGCCCCGCCGGACCGACCCCGCACCUGUGGGAGGCGUGGGCCACCUGGAGGCACUCGUUCCCGGCCGAGUGGACGGCCGCCGCGGUCGCCAUCCCACACUCCAACGGAAGUCCGUUCCGGCUUACUACCGCAGUGAGCGAGAAGCACAGCACUGCAGACAGCACGCCCAUGCCUACAGAGUCAACUACCCCUGAGCAAUACACAUCCGUCACCUUUCCCAUCGUAACUGCAGAGACAACGACUCAAAACUGUAGUACCACGGUUACGUCAACACCUGAAGUCGUACCAAUCACUACAAAGCAACCAACUGUUGUAACAACGACAAUCUCAACCACAGAAAAUGUCAAAAGCACACAUGAUACAACAUCUACAGUGCUGACGACAACCGAAGAUGCAUCAACAACCGCAAGUACCCUAAGCACAACGACAACAGCAACGGAGAGUGAGACUCCUACCACCACCGACAGCACACCUGCCACAACAGCAUCUAUAGUGCUGACGACAGUCGAAGGUGCAUCAACAACCGCAACUGCUCUCAGCACAAUGACAACAGAAACAGCGAUCGAGACGCCGAGCACCACAGACAGCACACUUGCCACAACAUCUACAAUGCUGACGACAACCGAAGAUGCAUCAAUAACCUCAACUACUCUCAGCACAAUGACAACAGCAACAGCGAGCGAGACGCUGAGCACCACAGACAGCACACCUGCCACAACAACAUCUACAGUGCUGACGACAACGGAAGAUGUAUCAACAACCGCAACUACUCUCAGCACAAUGACAACAGAAACAGUGAGCGAGACGCCGAGCACCACAGAUAGCACACCUGCCACAACAACAUCUACAGUGCUGACGACAACGGAAGAUGUGUCAACAACCGCAACUACUCUCAGCACAAUGACAACAGAAACAGCGAGCGAGACGCCGAGCGAAACAGAGAGCGCACCUGCCACAACAUCUACAGUGCUGACGACAACCGAAGAUGCAUCAACAACCGCAACUACUCUCAGCACAACGACAAAAGUAACGGCGAGCGAGACGCCCAGCACCACAGACAGCACACCUGCCACAACAACAUCUACAGUGCUGACUACAACCGAAGAUGUAUCAACAACCGCAACUACUCUCAGCACAAUGACAACAGCAAAAGCGAGCGAGACGCCGAGCGAAACAGAGAGCGCACCUGCCAAAACAUCUACAGUUCUGACGACAACCGAAGAUGCAUCAACAACCGCAACUACUCUCAGCACAACGACAAAAGUAACGGCGAGCGAGACGCCCAGCACCACAGACAGCACACCUGCCACAACAACAUCUACAGGGCUGACGACAACCAAAGAUGUAUCGACAACUUCAACUACUCUCAGCACAAUGACAACAGUAAGAGUGAGCGAGACGCCGAGCACCACAGACAGCACACUUGCCACAACAACGUCUAAUGUGCUGAGGACAACCGAAGAUGUAGCAACAGCCGCAACUACUCUCAGAACAACGACAACAGCAAUGGCGAGCGAGACUCCUACCACCCCCGACAGCACACCUGCCACAACAGCAUCUACAGUGCUGACGACAGUCGAAGAUGCAUCAACAACCGCAACUACUCUCAGCACAAUGACAACAGAAACAACGAGCGAGACGCCGAGUACUACAGACAGCACACUUGCCACAACAACAUCUACAAUGCUGACGACAACCGAAGAUGCAUCAACAACCGCAACUACUCCAGUGACAACAGUAACAGCGAGCGAGACGCCGAGCAAAACAGACAGCGCACCUGCCACAACAACAUCUACAGUGCUGACGAUAACCGAAGCUGCAUCAACAACCGCAACUACUCUCAGCGCAAUGACAACAGAAACAGCGAGCGAGGCGCCGAGCACCACAGACAGCACACUUGCCACAACAACAUCUACAGUGCUGACGACAACCGAAGAUGCAUCAACAACGGCAACUACUCGACUCCAGUGCUGA